CAGCCCAGUUUCUUGACUUGAUCCUCUUUUAUCGUCGGUCACUCCAACAGAUUUGGAAAAUGGAGGCAAAUCUGGAUAAACCAACAGUUUCCAGACCUUCCUUUCUUUCAGCAGUUGAGCUAUCCCCAAGAACUGGCCCUGUGGAUGCUAGUGAUGUUAAAAAAAAUCUAUACAGUGAUUUUUCUUCAAGUUUCAAUAUAAGCCGGAGAGAGAGCCUGGAAUCCAAAGAACGAAUUCAUGUUUGCCUUCGGGUCAGACCAAUUUUAGAGUUGGAAAAAGAACAUGAUGUUCAGGGUUGUGUUUCUGUGGUUGACUCAACAAGUGUUGUAUUAAAAGCUCCUAAAGGCUCCAAGACAUUUCGCCUUAGUGAAAAAAACCUGCGGCAAUUGGUGCAGAAAUUUACUUUUUCCCAGGUAUUUGGGCCCAAAACAACACAAGAAGAACUCUUUGAUGGUGCUCUGAAGCACCCUAUGUUAGAUUUCCUAAGGGGACACAGUCGGCUAAUAUUUACUUACGGUGUGACAAAUGCUGGGAAAACACACACCUACCGUGGUACAGAUGAAGAUAAAGGCAUUCUCCCCAGGGCGCUGGACAUGUUGUUUAAAAGCAUUCAAAACAAACUGUAUCCAGACAUGAAUCUCAAGCCCCAUCGAUGUAAAGACCAUAGAAAUCUGUCUAAAGAAGAAGUGAGAGAAGAAAUAUCUCUAAAAAAUUCAUUGCUUCGCCUCCUGAAAGAGGUAGAUUGCCACAGCAGCAGUAAUAGAACAACAGAUAAUUGUGAAGAUAUGAAAGAACCAGAAAAAGAAGCAGACCAGUCUUACCUGGAAGAGCAGAGAAACGUUAAAUUCUCUGUUUGGGUUUCUUUUUGUGAAAUUUACAAUGAGUGCAUUUAUGACUUAUUGCUUCCAAUAUCCAAUGACAAGAGAAGAAAAAUGCUGCGCUUGGCGCAGGACAUAAAAGGCUAUUCCUAUGUAAAAGAUCUACAAUGGGUUCAAGUUUCAAACUCCAAAGAAGCUUUUAAACUUGUGAAACUAGGGUUGAGACAUCAGAGCUAUGCUUCCACAAAACUGAAUGCCAACUCAAGUAGAAGCCAUAGCAUAUUUACUGUGAAAAUGCUAAAAAUUGAUUCAGAAACCACACGGGUGAUGCAAGUCAAUGAAUUAUUUCUCUGUGACCUGGCUGGCUCCGAGCGCUGCACGAGAACCUGCAACGAAGGGGAAAGAUUAAAAGAGAGUGGAAACAUUAACACCUCGUUGCUUAUUCUGGGCAAAUGCAUCGGUGCCCUGAAGAUCAAUCAACAAACAAAGCUGCAACAGCACAUUCCUUUUCGGGAAAGCAAGCUCACUCACUUCUUCCAAGGUUUCUUCAGUGGGAAAGGAAAAGUUUGCAUGAUAGUUAAUGUCAGCCAGAGUCCCUCUGCAUAUGAUGAAACCCUCAAUGUGCUAAAGUUCUCGGCAAUUGCUCAAAAGGUCAUGGUACUAGAUCCUGAGUCUCCCCAAGAAGAGAGGGUUGAUCAGCUGUUCCUCAAAGCAGACUCCGAAAUGACCCUUGAUGAUGACGUGCGCUUACCCAUGAAAAGAGCAACUAUAUUUUGGGAGGGGACUCUGGAAGAUGUGAUGGAAGAUGAAGAAGAACUAGUGGAAGAUGACAGCGAAGAACACCAGGGGGACUGUUUGGCAGAAGACCCACAUGCAAAAGAAGCUGAUGCAACCGAUGAGAUGGAAAAUCAACUCGAAGGCGAAGAUAGUGAUAUCAUUAUCAGAAAAGAAGAAUAUCAGAAGUUACUAGAUAUAAUAGAAGAAUUGAAAAAUAAGUUGAUAGAUGAAAAGAAAGCGAAACUGUACAUGGAGCUAAAAAUUCGCGAAGAAGUUACUCAAGAAUGUCUUCAGUACUUCAAUGCAAAGGAGAGUGACCUCAAGAAGAUUUUUAGCUAUAAAGAAGAAAUAAUGGAGACUACUUGUGAAGAGCGGAUGAGCAUUUACAAGGAGCUGGUGAAGGACUGUAUUGCACUCCCGGAUGGCAAAGCAGGAGCAGAAGAGACUCUAAAAGAGGAUGAAAAAGUGGUAAGUUUUGGAGGAGGUGAAGAUGGAGAACCUGGAAGCGUGGCUGAUCUUCCCAGUAUGGUGGGGUCACUGCAACAGAAUGUUGCUGAUAUUAAACAACAGGCAGAAAUGGCAUUUGGCAUGCUUGAUGCUUUGGAAGAACCUCAACUGACUAUUGAGCGACUUGAAAAGCAACUGACUGACGUUAUAGCAGAGUUAACCCAAGCUCGUGAGGAUCUCUUGAGCCAGAAUAAAGCAGCAGUAAUGCAAGAAGAUAAACUGAGUGAAUCUGCUAAAGUUCUUCAGGAUGCUACUGAGAAAAUGGCUCUACAGAAUAAACACAUUCAGGAGCUGAGUCAAGCUGUGCAGCAAAAGGACAAAGAAAUAAGUCAGCUACAAGCUCUGGUUGGUCACUUGGAAGCUUCUGUAAAAGAUUCUGAGAUCGCCAAUGUGACUAUGAAACAGGAAAACGGCAGUGAAUCCAAGGAAGAAAGUGUUGCUUCAAGAAGGAAACGAUAUUUAGAAAGGGAUGAAGAAGGCCCCCCUUCAAAGCAAGGAUUCAUUCACAGCAGUUCUAAAGAUGCCAUAGACUCAGAGAAAGCUGAUGAAACAAGACCCCAUCCUUCGAAGGAAAAGGGAGACAUGGUGACCUUGGAGGAAAAAAAUAAAAUGCUAGAAGUUCAGGUGGCCUUACUUAGAGAAAAGUUAGUAAGAGAGGAAAAUGAGAAGGUGGGAAUUUCCAGUGAAAUAGCUAGGUUGUCUCAAGCUCUUUCUUUAGAAAAGGAAAAAGCUUCUGGCUUGAAUAGGGAGCUCCAGCAACAGCUGACAAUUUAUGAGCAGGCAACACUUGAAAUAGCUAUGCUGAAAGAGGGACAUAAGAGUCAAGAGGAGAAAAUUCAGACUCUGCUUCAAGAGAUAGGUGCUGCUAGCCAAAUUACCGUAGAAGAAAAAUCACAGGUAAAGACACUUGAAGUAGAAUUGGGUUUAUUGAACAGGUUAGGGUCACAUUGCCCUGUGAUAGAUGUUGACUUGGCAAAUCAAGAAAAUAUGUCAAGAGAUGAGCCUUUGCCAACUCGUGUUAGUGCAGAUCAAAAGAGCUCAUUCCAUUGUAGCGUUGAAGGUAUCUGGAAAAUAAGCCAGCAGAUCAUUAAUGCCUCAUCUCAAAAAAGCAGUUUUAUUGCAGACCUCAUGCAACAGGCUGAGCAAUUACAGAGGAAAACCUUGGAGGCCGAUGAGGAGAAUUCUCAGCUGAAGUUGAAACUGAGCGAAACUAUCAGUCAGAGAGAUGCAUUUGCGCAGGAGAAGACAUCCCUCCUUAAUCAGCUAGGGGACCUGCAACAGAAAAAUGCUUCUUAUGUGGAAAAAUAUAAGGAAGAGGAGAAUAGAGCACUUGUCCAUUCUGAGAGGCUAAAAACAAAUGAGGACUUCUUGGAAGAGUGUAGGGCAAAAGAUGUCAGAAUAGUUUCUUUAGAGCAAAUUGUGAAAGAUAAAGAUUCGGCCAUUUUAGUGAUGAAACAAUCUGUUCAGGACAUUGAGGAGAAGCUUAGCAUUUCAGAAGCUAAAAUCAGAAAAUUCAUGGAUCAGGAAUCACUACUGAAGGUGGAAGUUGUAGAAUUGAAGAGACUGAAUAAAGUUGAAAGAAAGAAGAGAGAAGAGUCAAAGCAAGUCAUAAAAGAAUUGAAAGAAGAGCUAUUAAAGAGUACUGAUCUCUCUUCCCAUCUGCAAGCAGAAAUCCAGCAGAAAGAUGAAGAAUAUGCAGAUCUGAAGGAGAAGUUGGCUGAUACGAAAAAGCAAAUCGAACAAGUUCAAAAACAGGUGAGCACCAUGCGUGCUGAAGAGAAAUUGCUGCGGAGCAAAGUUAAUGAACUUGAGAAGGCCAAAGGCCAGCUAACUGAAGAACUAGAUCUCAAGCAGAGGACGAUCCAGCAAUUUAAGAAGGAUGAUCUGAGUAAGAAGCUGGAGGACCUGUCACAGCAGUACCAGAAAUCACGUGAAGAUGUACGUUGCAAAGAGAAAAUCAUUGAAGACAUGAGACUGACUUUAGAGGAACAAGAACAGACUCAGUCUGAACAAGAGCAAAUGCUUCAGGCCACGUUAGAAGAGAAUGAAAAAUGUAAAGCAGAAUUGAAAGAAUGGGACAAAAGAUACCAUGGACUAAAGGAGCAGAAGAAUGAUCUGAGGUCACAAGACAUUAAUGAAGGCCAUGAAAAAAACACAAACUUGCUUCACGAACAAUUAAAAGAAUCGCAAGAGAAAUUGGAGGAAUGCAAAGAACUGCAUGAAACAGAUCAUAGGAAGUGGCUGGCAGAAAAGACGCUCCUCAUAACUCAGGCGAAAGAAGCAGAAACUCUCCGUAACAAGGAGAUGAAAAAAUUUGCUGGAGAUAAAGAAUAUUAUGCCAAGCAACUCACAGAAGCAGAAAAACUUGUGGCAGAAAAAGACCAUGACCUUCAAAGAUGGCGGGUAGAAAGAGACGAAUUGGUGGCAGCUCUGGAAAUUCAGCUGAGUUCUCUAAUCUCAAGUAAUGUACAGAAAGAUAAGGAAAUGGAAGAAUUGAAAAAGAUGAUAUUGAAAUCUUCUGGGAAGGAACACAAAACUAUCCCUGAAGGAUUGCCAGAUGAUGAUUCCAAGGAACUAAUUGAGAUUGGAUGUGAGAAUGUUGUCUCUGCAGUGUUGACUAUUUCGAAUGGAGCAGAAAAAACUCAGGUGGAAGAGUCCAGUAACUCUAAGCAGCUUAAAGAAAAACAAGCUAACUUGUCAAAUUGCAACACUAUUGGAAAUGGCUCAUUACUGCAACAGUCUAGCAAGGACCAACCAGAUGCUGUCUUAGAUUCUUAUGAAGUGUCUUCUGAGAGUGAACAAAUUAGCCGCUUUCCAAAACCUGAAAUGGAAAUUCAGUUUUCACCUUUGCAGCCCAACAAGAUGGAAGUAAAGCAUCAAGGAAGUCCUUCCACAGUGACUCUUAAAGUACCCAGGACAAGGAAAAGGAAGAGCUGCACUAUGGACGAGGACUCCUUGGAAAAUGAAAAUGAAAAGAAUGUAAAAUUGCCAGCUAAUAUGAAUGUAUGGUCUGAUUCAUUAAGGAGACAAGGAAAAAAGACUGCUGCUCCUAACCCCUCUGUCAGAAAGAAUUAUUCCUUAAGAAAUAAACAUGCAUCAAAUAUAAAAUCCACAGCAUCCCCAGGUGGAACCCUACAAAAAUUUGGCAAUCUCUUGCAGAAUUCUCCUACAAUCAUACAAACUAAAGCAAAGAAGCUGAUGGCAACAAUGAAAUCUCCCAAAUCUACUGAUGAAGAAACUGUUACGAAAAAUGAUGACAAAACCAAGAAAGCUAAGCGAAAGCUACACUCAGUCAAUAUUUCUAAUCCUGUUGAAUUUUCUGGUCAUGUGAUUGUUGAGGAUCAAAAGGAAAGCCAUCAUGAAAUCAUCAAACGACGACUCCGAAUGAAAAAAAAUUAGUAAUAUUCUUUUCAUGGAGAAUCAUGUAUAGAAUUGUUCAAUAGAUGUUAUCGAUGCUGUAACUGCUAUUUCCAUUAUUUUCAAAUCAUUGGUGUAGAUAUUGUUGAUAUUGCUGUAAAAAGGAGCGAAGGGAAAUUAAAAUACGUUGAAGAUUCCUUGGUAUUCUAUUAUAUAUGUAGUUUCUUCUGAAGCCAUA